AUGGCAGCUCUCCGCUCUUCCUCGUCGCGGCUCCUCGCCGCCGCCGCCCGCCCGGCCUUCAAGCCCCAGGCCGUCUUCGCGCGCUCCAUGGCCUCGGUCGGCGAUGCCACCGUCAACGCCAACCCCAAGGGCGCCUCCGACUCCCGCAUGAAGUCCUUCCAGAUCUACCGCUGGAACCCCGACGCGCCCACCGAGAAGCCCCGGAUGCAGACCUACACCCUCGACCUCAACAAGACCGGCCCCAUGGUGCUCGACGCCCUCGUCCGCAUCAAGAACGAGAUCGACCCCACCCUGACCUUCCGCCGAAGCUGCCGUGAGGGCAUCUGCGGCAGCUGCGCCAUGAACAUCAACGGCACCAACACCCUCGCCUGCCUCUGCCGCAUCCCCACCGAGACCGACAAGGAGAUGAAGAUCUAUCCUCUGCCGCACACCUACGUCGUCAAGGACCUCGUGCCCGACUUGACCCAGUUCUACAAGCAGUACAAGUCCAUCAAGCCCUACCUGCAGAGGGACACUCCCGCGCCCGACGGCAAGGAAUACCGCCAGAGCAAGGCAGACCGCAAGAAGCUCGACGGUCUCUACGAAUGUAUCCUGUGCGCCUGCUGCUCGACCUCGUGCCCCUCGUACUGGUGGAACUCGGAGGAGUACCUCGGCCCUGCCAUCCUCCUCCAGUCCUACCGCUGGCUGAUCGACUCGCGUGACGAGCGCAAGUCCGAGCGCAAGGCUGCCCUUGACAACUCCAUGAGCCUGUACCGAUGCCACACCAUCCUGAACUGCACGAGGACCUGCCCCAAGGGUCUGAACCCUGGUCUGGCCAUUGCCGAGAUCAAGAAGGAGAUGGCCUUCUAA